GGCUAACUGGUUCGUAACCAUCAGUAGCCGAGACCUGGUGUAACAUGAAGGUGUCAACGAUACUACUGGUGUCUUUUGCGUCGUGGGUAGUGGCCCAUCCAGGUCUUCUGCACUCGGAAAAAGUCGACAACAAUUCGGAAGAAGAAAGAGCAGAGAAGCAAGAGAAGCUGAAUGUAUUAAUUGAAAAUUUAAUAUCAUUGAAAGAUAAAUUUACACCAUUGAAACUGUUUGAAAAUGGAAAGUUAGGGGAACCGGGGGCAUUUAAUAUAGCGCAGCAGAGUAUCGAGAAAUAUGGAAUUCCUACGUCACCGAUAGCGUUCUUGCUUGGUAAGGACAAUUUCAUCAUUUCGACGAUUUUAAACGCGAUUGGAACAGCCAAACAAGUGAUUGGAGCAGCCAAAGAAGUGAUUGAAACGAUCAAAAGCAAUAUUAAGAAAGUGAUAAAGUUGCCUUUCCUCGUGCGUGAAGAAAAGACAUCAGGAGCCAGUCUGGGCUUCGAGAAAACUGAUUCUGCUCAAUUGAAAGAGCAUGAAUCAAGUGAUAAAGACGAUUCUCGACUAUCGACAGGAAUUGAAGGAAUCGAUAUGAACGAGGUGAAAGAAGGUUACAGCAAUGGUUAUCGGAAAUCAACAGAAGGUGACGCAAAAGAAAUUGUCGGCGAAAAACACGUUAUUCACUCUGCUGAUUCUCCGGUAUCGUCGAAAGGGAAUGCAAAAACAGAUACCAGCGAGAGGAAACACUCGGAAAGGUCUCAGAUAUCAACGAAACUGGAAGAAAAAUCAGCUAGCACAAAAAAGCAGAGUCAUUCGGUCGAAAAAGCUGAGAAAAAGUCGUUAACUAGCGCGAAAGAAGAGACUUCUCAAGGUCCGAUGAAUGUUAUGGAAAAAGUAGCUGUCGACGAGGAAAGAAGACAAUUCGAAGAAGAGUAGAAGAAGCGUAGUAGCAUAUUGACCAUCGAUCGAUCAAACAGAGAAGUAAAUGCAUUAGAUAAGAAUAUAGAACAAUAAAGGAGAACUUAAUUUAAAAGGGAAAAAACACGAUUGUUCGUUUUUGUCAAAGUUAAGAACAAAUUUUCCAGAAAUUAACAAGAAUAGAAAGAUAACCGGAUAAUAAAAAUUGAUCAAGAAACGUCUAUCGUUGAAAGAGAAAGUAAAAAUACUUCACAUUUAUCUGGAAAAAUUGUUAAAAAUUUCAAGAAAAUACAUAGAAAACGCUGACACAACGACAUCUGUCGAAAGUAAUAUAAUCACGCACAGAAUGCUCGACCAUGAAAGGAUGAACUUCAUCGAGUGAGAAAAUUGAUGAAAAAUCAUCCGCUGUCAUGUAACGAUCGAUCUGCUGGAAAAACAACUACGACCAGAAAAAAGCGACAAUCUUUACAGACUAUUUCAAGACAUCAACAGAAAUUGAUGAAUAAGCAGUAAUCGAGGAGGAAAAAGAUGGUUGCUAGCGGAAUUUUAUAUCAUCAACUGGAAUUUCUAAGCAAGAAAACUAGAAAAAGACGGUCACUGGAGUACCUCUAGUGAAUCGACCAAACGUGUCAUGCAAAACAUAACUUUCAGAAGAAAAUAGUUUUAAAGUAUCAAUCGAUGUCGUCGGAGAUGGAACCGAGAGCAUGGAAGAAAACGAACGCGUCAGGAUUUCUUGCGUAUUAGCUAGAAUUGAUGAGUAAGCGAUUGUGGACAGCAUUGAUGUCGUGAUAGAACGAUUGUGAAGGACUUUAAAGAAUAAACGUCAAGUGCAUAAGGAGGAAUACUAACUAAGGCUAUUCAGAAGAAUGAAUAAUUAUAAAAUCAUUUGCAAAUAUCAAAAUGUCAUAUGUUUGAAAUAUUAACAAAUGCAUCUGUAACCGCCAUUGUAUAAAAUAGUGAAUAGUAUAGUUAAUAUUGUAUGAGCUAAUGGACAAAUUAUUUCAAACGUUAUGGUCACAACUUGUAAUUUACAAGUAUAUGUAUUAGUGGGCUGGAAAGCUUAAUUAUUUAAUUAUUUAAUCUACGUUACAUAUAUGGGUGUUUCUUUAUUUUUGUGUAUCUUAAAGGUAAUACAUAUCUUGUGCACACAUUACCUGCUUGUAUUUAAUUCGUUUAUUCACCUUGUUUUGUUAACUUAACGCUAGCUAUUAAUGUGAAUAUCUAAUAUUAAUUUACCGCGAAAGUUACAUACUGUAUAAUUUAUAUGAUAAUUAAAUAUAAUCCAGUAGAGAUAAUGGUUUCUGUAUUUCGACAAAAGGGAAUAUAUUUAGAUUCGAUAUAUUUUCAAUGAUUAAAUUCUCGAAAAUUUCUAAACUCGCCAGCCUAUAUAGAAAAACAGCACGACAAUAAUUAACUGUAAGCUUCACUUUGGCUACUUUCUUCGUAUUUAUCGAGUUGCAUUUGUGUGAUAUCGCAAGUGUGACAAUGCGACUGUUACUAGCUGCAAU